ACAUUUAUCCACCUCCUAUCACUUUUCUUAUAUCACAAAAGUGGGUAGUAAUAUGACGAGGAAGAAGGUGAAGCUCACAUGGAUUGUCAAUGACAAUGCACGAAGAGCCAGCUUGAGGAAGAGAAGGCUUGGACUGUUGAAAAAGGUUAGUGAACUAACCACUCUUUGUGGGAUCAAUGCUUUUCUCAUUCUUUAUAGCCCAGAUGAAGUGGAGCCUGUUGUGUGGCCAUCGCGCCCUGUGGUACAACAAUUGCUAGCCAGGUUUCAUGCCAUGCCUGAGAUGGAGCGAAGUAAGAAGAUGAUUAACCAAGAAAGCUUUAUGAGGGAAAGGCUAGCAAAGGUUCAAGAGCAGUUGAAGAAGCACCAAAAUAAGAACAAGCUAUCAGAGGGAACCAACCUAAUGCAUCAUAUCGAGAGUGGGAGGGACCUAGACAGCUUCAGUCUCAAUGAACUACAUGUGUUAGUUUGGUACAUAGAGGAACUGAAUAAGGAUCUUGGGAAACAUAUGGAAUAUUGGCAUCAGGUUCUCCAGCCUCCUCAAGAAGAAGUUCCAUUGCAACACUUUGAAAGGGAGGAAAUGGUUAGGGGAGGUGGCGACAACCUUGGCCUAAAAGGUAGGGAUUUUAAUGAGUCUACAGUGUGGGAUCAAUGGUUCAUUGACAUGAUGAACAGUGAGAACAGGGGGCAAAGUAGUAGUAAUAUAAGUGACAUUGGGGUCCCACAAGACACCUAUAAGGGCAAGUCCACCAUUGAUGACAUGGUUUUGCCUCGUCAUUCAUUUCUUGGUGGAUCUGACAUGGGGUUGGUACCUCAUGGGAAUUUCAAUCCCCCAAGUACUGAGAUCCAAGGGCUGCAGCCUGGUAAUUUGAUGGGUUUCAAGGUUCCAUAUGGUGGUGGUUCGACUGAGACAGGACAACAACCCUUAGGUAAUAUUGGAGGCAACAUUACCAAUAUUGCUGGAAAUGAAUUUUUUAGGCAACCUUCUAGACAACUUGGUGAAAGUAGCAGCUCCAACAGCAGCACUGAAAAUGACAAUCCGUUUCAAUUUGAUUUUAGCAAGACCUGGCCAUCCCCAUGAUUUAUGUUUUCUGCCUUUUGUUUCAUCGUCAAUCAGUUUAUCUUUUGUUUUUUGAUGCUAUCCUCCAUCUCCCAAUGUUUGUUGUCUGCUGUUAUGUUCCAUUUCAAUGUUUAUCCAUAGCAUGACCCAAGGAUUUUGGGUCAUUAAGCUGCUAUGUUAUGUUUUUGUUUGAUGUUUUUUAAAUCAAUAAUGUUGUUCUUUUUCUUUCAUAAAAGUGAUAAAUGUUAUUGUGUCUGGGGUCAAUAAGGGAGAGGAUUACCUCCGGUUGUGUAAUCCAUGGUUAUUGAAAAAAUAAAAAUGUUGAUUUUCU